CCAUUCGUUCAUCAUAUCGCGCUCCUGUCACAACAACAGGCACGCAGCCACCUGCGUGUCAAGGUCACUUCACAGUUAAAACACGUGGAGAUGGCGGAUUUGUUUUAGUGCACACACAAACAGCGAUUCCUGCAGGUUUUUAUCUCAGAGAAAGGGAGUGGAUUUUGGCCCCGUGGAGUUUUUCAUUCCUGGGCUUCACACACACACACACACCCCCUCCCUCCUUCUCCCUCUGAGGUCAGUAGAUGCUGUUGAUAGACUGGAAGUUACACAUAAACACAUUAGAUUAAGAAGAACUUUGAUUGGGAUGUUUAUUUUGAGCACUGCUCCCCCCCUACACACACACACACACACACACACAUAAAACACCUAUUACAUGAAGCAUUGAACCCCAGCAAAAUGACUUAAGACAGUAAUGUGUUUCCUGUCUAAACUGAAUGUGUGUGUGCUCAUGCAGAAAUGUGUAUGAGUGUUUGCGUAAGUGCACUAUCUCAGUUUGAGUGUGCUUAUGUGGAAAAGGGGGGGGGGAGAGAGAGAUAGAAAGAGAGAUCAGCAGAGACUGAGAGAGCUUCAGAGAGUGAAAUGCAAAGAGAGCGUGAUCAGAGGAGGCAGAAAACCAGACAGACAAAUCCCUCUCAGUGUGGAGCUGAUGAGGCGCAACAGUGAGCCCGUUGAGGACAGAAAGAAAGGAGCAAGUUUGAGUCCAGUCGGCCGUCUGUUCGACAUUACUGUCAUGGACCUAUUGCCAACGUUGGCAUCCACAGUGUUCGCCUCAACAGUCAGCCGGCUGAGGGAGAGCACUGCUGUUCAGAGCAUCAACAGGAGGCUCAGCAGGAGAACCAUGUCGUCUCCAGAGGUGUGCUGGCCAGUGCCGAUGCGAGCCAUUGGGGCUCAGAACCUCCUCACCAUGCCAGGAGGAGUUUCCACUGCGGGAUACCUUCAUAAGAAAGGAGGCAGUCAGUUCAGCCUCAUGAAAUGGCCUCUGAGGUACACCAUCCUCCACAAGGGCUGCGUUUACUACUUCAAGAGCAGUACCUCUCCUGCACCACAGGGGGCGUUCUCUCUCAAUGGCUACAACAGAGUGAUGAGAGCAGCAGAGGAGACAACGUCGAGUAAUGUGUUUCCCUUCAAGAUCGUCCACUUCAGUAAGAAACACAGGACAUGGUUUUUCUCUGCAGCCAGCGAGGACGAGAGGAGGAAAUGGAUGCGAUACCUGCGGAGGGAGAUAGAUCACUAUAACGACAGAAAAGAGUUCAUUCCAAGUGACUCAGAUUCAGAUGCUGACAGCUUCUAUGGCACGAUUGAGAGGCCCAUGGAUAUCAAACACCCCAUCGACAACACAGAAGUUGAUUAUGUCGAGGAUGAUGAUGAUGACGAUGAGGAAGACUACGUGAAGCCGGACAGCGAAUGCUCACCAACAUCAACAGGUGACGCCACGCACACCUUUUCAGCCGACUCGCAUGCAGUCCGUUUCAAUGAAGGUCGACCCACGGGGCCACCCCCUUCCUACCCUCCUCCCCCAGUGCCGGCGACAUUCCGUCAGGACUCCAGUCCAGGUUUCCACAAAGGUGUACCACCUCCUGUCCCGCCACAAAACAGGAUCCCAACCAGUGCACUCCCCAAAAAACCCCCACCCUCCGUCCCUCCCCCCUCCAUACUAAAGGACCUUAGCAAAGGCCCGCCUCCUCCGAUCCCCUUCGCCCCCCACCUGCACAAGUCCUUCUCCUCCAACCCCCCGCCUCCUCCUCCUCCCAACGUAAAGAAACCUCUUCAGAGCAGGACGACAUCCAUGGGGGGGCCCUGGAGCGACGGGAGAGAGCGGAGGAAUCUGCCGGCUGUGUCGAUCCAAUCCCCCGCCACACUGCCCAUCUGCAACCAAUUGGAGACCAGGAUGGUCCUAAAUGGUCCCGCCCACUGCCCCCUUAACACUGGAGGGAGUCAGUCUCUGGGCAAUAACCAACACGGGGGGUUGGGCAACCUCCGCAGCAAGCCAAGCCUACCGAUUCCUCAUUCUGCGAACAUUGGAGGUACCCACCUCAGACCUGUGAUGUCCCUCAACCAGACAUCAAUGCCUGGCCCCCCUCCACUCUCCCCUCUGCUUAAAACUGGACUACACAAUAAGCCAGGGAUACCCAAACCUCCUCUGCCAACAGUCAAGCCCCAGCUGCCUGCAGCCAAGUCCAAACAGCCAGGAACCCCACUUCAAGCAUCUCCAGAUGGCCAGAGCUUCCGUUCGUUGGGAGAUGAGACGCCCACAGAUUUCAGGAGGAAACGAGACUCGGGCAAACACACAGUGGGAGACGAGUCUGAUGAGGACUAUGAGAAUGUGCAGCUGCCGGACUCUGUGUUCAUUGACACGACUGAAACCAGCUUCGUAGAAAAGUUAUUCAGAGAGAGCCCCAUCCCUCCACAGGACGGACUGUACGGCAUCCGAAACUCAGGAACCAAAACCUCACAGGUGCUGGUGGUGUGGGAUGUCAGCAUAGGCAAAGCCAGAAACUACCGGCUGUUUGAAGAGGAGGACCACAUUUUUCUGGACAUUGAAGUGAGCUUCCCCACUCUGUCAGCUCUGAUCGAACACUACUACAGCCAUCCUCUUCCUCACCACGGCUCGCUCUGCCUUCAGAAGCCCUUCACAAAGACAAUGAGCAUCUGAUCAAACUAAGUUACAGCUGUAACCAGUGAGGAACAGAGAGUCAGGAAUGCCUCUGCAACUGAAAUCCACCUUCGUCAACGACACAUGGAAAUAGACUCACUAACUGUGAGAAUAUAUUAAAACGGAUCAUACCUCUCACAGUUCGGUGGAAAAGAAGACGGAUCACUUUUCUCCUGUUGCUGCACCAGAACCUACCAUCAAGCUUCAUGUUAAACAGCAAGGACAGUAACUUUUCUAAAAUUCUGACUGCUCGGUCACCAGAUAUUGUGGUUGCAACUUAUGUCGAUUGUGACGACAAAAACAUCUUACUGUAGUACAAACUAGACUCUUUUCUUAACACAGCAAGCCAUUCUAAUCCUCUUUUGUGCACUGAAAACAUCCGUUACUGUAAAUACACAUCAAUUAUUAAGUUAUGACAAAGAACAUGUAGAAAACAAUCAAAUGGACCAAAACAUCUGAAUUAGUCAGAUACCUGCUCUGUCUUUGAAGCAUUCCUGCUGCUUUAUGCAAACUGAAGAAUCGGUGUGAUGAAGCAUAAUCCAAGAGCCAGGAUGGCCAGUCAGAUGGAUGAGAUGUGUUUUGUCCACAGGGGGGCGCUGUGACAUCAAAAAAGUCAGUCCAGCUUUAAAUCCAGGUCAUGAGGGUCCUUUGUCCCAUUGCUCACACUUGCUGUACUUAAGAAAAAGUCAAGCGUACUAGAACUGAUUGUGACACAGAGAGAGCAUCACCCCGUCAUCACAAUACACAGCUGGCUUGAUUUGAUUUUCACUUAAAGGACAAUCCAUUAAUGACUAAUCAUCAUAAUUUUUAAUGUAAGAGGCAGAAACACAAAAUCUGCUCGAGACGUGGCUACACGUGACAAAAUCUAAAUUUUGGUAGAGAAAGUUGAUUUACUUUUCUAAACAAAAAUAAGUUUAACAUUCAUUUGACAUGUUAAAUAUCAGUUUUGCACUGGGUCAGUGUACAUAUUAUUGACACUGAAAUUGCUGAAUCAAAUGGUAGCAAGCUUUUAAUAUAGCUCCCUAUAGUUGUUGAGAUUCAGUCAUCUCUAUAUCAUACAGUGGUCAGUCGUUAGUCUUUUGGAGUAAGUCAUUUUAUCCUAUAAGAAUACAUUAUAAAAGGCCUCUGUCUGCACAAUGGAUAUACUGGACCAAGAAGAGCAACAGAUUAUGAUUUUUCUUUUUGAAAUAUAUUUUCUAUAUAUAACAUUCCAGAAUAUGUAUAUGUAUCAGAAACUAUGAAGAUCUGAAAUUCCUAACCUGCUGUCUAAAAGGUGUUUUCCUGGAAAAGCAAAAAAGCAACCCCUGCUAACGACUGACACAAGUAUGAAAAUAUGUUAAGAAAAACCUGAGCUGUAGCCUCAAACUUUGCAGAGCUGAAACAUUUCUUUGGAUUUGUGCCUAACUACUGUUAGUGCUGUAAAGGAAAUUAUAAAAUUCCACUAUGGACAUUAAUGGGUUAAGUAGUAUGGGGCCAUUACUGUAGCAAAACUAUUUACAAAUGUGAGUAGUAGAAGUAGAGUUGUGUAACUGUAUUGUGUGUCUACACAUUUACAGAUUUAAAUACACAUUUAUGGAUUUGUCUUCACAUGCAAAAGUCAACACAAUCGGAGAUGGAUUUUUUUUCCACAUUUACAAAUCUGAUUACACAAACAGAUUGAGACACAGACACACAACUCUCCACUCACAUUUGUAAAUAGUUUUGCGACAAUAAUGGCCCCAUAAGGUGGGUCCAACCUUACAGCGUUAGUUACAUUCAGAAAUCCAGUUCUACUGCAGAAGCACCUCGACCCACUAUAUCUAAAACAGACAUAAGCUGUUAUAUUUGGUUUAUUGGUUCAUGGUUUGUAUUUAGGAAAGAAUUUCUCUGCAUAUUGUUUAAUAUUCAGGCUGAAUCAAACAGGUUCAGCUUUUUUAUGUCUGUUUAUUACUGUCAGUCCUAAAACUAACUUAUGUGUGGCUGUGUUACUACCUACUGGACUGGUGUGAGACCGUGGUGAAUUGUGGGAUACGCUUACCUCUGAAUGCUCCUCUGAAGCCAUACUAGAAUAGUUGUGGGUUAAGUGAAGUACGUGUUGACAUUUCUCACACACUUGUCUACAACCUGGUGGUGUUGGAGACCAAUAGUGUGGGUACUGGCACAUAGCCGUUGUCUUCUGUAUUCUCAUAUUGUGAUCCAGGUCCAUUCAAAUGUUGCCAGUGUCCGGAGCAAACAACACAAAAAGACGCAUAAACCUCAAGUCAUUAGUGAGAGGGCAGCAGUGUUUCACAAACCUACAUGGUCCUGUCCAGAUUUUGUACCUCUGUUAUCUGUGUAAUGAACAGGCAACAUCUCACUUAUUUAGUGUGCAAAACUCACGCAGCACUGUAGAACGCUCCUUUAAUUAGAGAAAGUACAACAAAUCCAGCUCAAAUUGGCUCUUCAUCAGGUUUCGGUCUUGAAAAUGUUGUACUCUAAUGCAGUGGUUCCCAACCUUUUUCCUUUAGGGAUCCCUUUUCUAUCAUUUAGUAUACUGACGAGCCCUGACUAAGUGACAUAUAUUUUGUUUGUGGAACAUUUCAUACAAUUCUCCUUCUGUAUUACGUAUUUUUUUAAAUAAUUUUUAACAAUCAUACAGACUUACUUGGCUUCUUUUUUGCCUAGCACGCCUUAAAAUCAAGAAGGCUUCGCAACUCCUCCAUGAAGCUUUGGCGACCCCUAAUGGGGGCCCCGACCCCCAGGUUGGAAACCACUGCUUUAAUGUAAUGGAGGAUAGAAAAAACUCACUUAUUAACAAGAGCUAAAACCUGACCAUAACUGGUGCAAAAUGUCAGACUGAAUAUGAAGAAAUCAGAUGUGUUUUUGUUCUCAAGUGCCAAUACAGAUUUUACAGCACUGACUUUAAUGCUGUAAAUUGCUCUCUAUUUAUAUGUAAAUGCUGUAUGUACUGUAAAAACAAAACUGUCUAUAAAAAUGUAAAUAUAUUGUUUUCUACAGAAAUAUAUGUUGAGAAAUAUGUUGAAUUGUAUAAAGUAUUACUUCAA